CCUCUGCUGAGGGAACGAACACUCUGUGCUCCCAGGUCAGGGAAGCAUGUCCCGUCGGAAACAGACGACUCCUAACAAAGUUCAUUGGGAGCAAGUCUUUGCAGGGCUGGAGGAGCAAGCCCGCCAAGCCAUGAUGAAAAACAACUUUCCUGGAGCUCUUGGGGACCAAAGGCCACCCAUUCAUCCACUGCAAGACCCUGACUCCAGCAGCAGUGGCAGUGAUGAUGAGGAAACCACUCAGGAUGAAGUUUCUUCCCAUACAUCUGAGGAGGAUGGCUCAGUGGUGAAAGUGAAGAAAGAAUUGGAGAAUGCAGAACAACCUGUGGCUGGAACCCCACUGAUGAGAGAAAAUGAGGUGCCUGAGAGUUUGAAUGCUGACCCUAUACUGGGACUGUCACAGUGUCCCCUCUGCCAGCUGGAGUGUGGAAGCAGAGAGCAGCUCAUUGCUCACGUGUACCAGCACACUGCAGCUGUGGUGAGUGCCAAGAGCUACAUGUGUCCUGUAUGUGGCAGAGCCCUCAGCUCACCAGGAUCCCUUGGGCGACAUCUCCUGAUCCACUCAGAGGACCAGCUGUCAAACUGCGCAGUGUGUGGAGCACGCUUCACCAGCCACGCCACGUUCAACAGUGAGAAGCUGCCAGAGGUGCUCAGUGCAGAUCGCCUGCCAGCACCGCAGAGUGAGGGCCCCUCCAGUGUUGAGGGGAAAGACAUUGCCUUUCACACUCCUGUGUAUCCUGCAGGCAUCCUCCUAGUGUGUAACAACUGUGCUGCUUAUCGUAAGCUGCUGGAGGCACAGACACCUGGCAUGCGAAAGUGGGCGCUUCGUCGGCAGAACGAGCCCUUGGAAGUGCGGCUGCAGCGUCUGGAGCGGGAGCGCACAGCCAAGAAGAGCCGGCGGGACAAUGAGACACCUGAAGAACGGGAAGUGAGGCGUAUGCGGGAUCGAGAAGCUAAGCGCCUGCAGCGCAUGCAAGAGACAGAUGAACAGCGGGCACGGCGGCUGCAGAGAGACCGGGAGGCCAUGCGACUGAAACGCGCAAAUGAGACCCCAGAGAAACGACAGGCCCGGCUCAUCCGGGAGCGUGAGGCCAAGAGGCUCAAGCGGCGCCUGGAGAAAAUGGACAUGAUGCUCCGGGCACAGUUUGGCCAGGACCCCUCUGCCAUGGCUGCUUUGGCAGCUGAAAUGAACUUUUUCCAGCUGCCGGUGAGCAAUGUGGAGCUGGAGAGCCAGCUGCUGGGAAAAAUGACCUUUGAGGAGCAGAGCAACAGUGCGCUGCAUUAAGCUACAGCCAAGGACUGUGCCACCUCUGCUGCACCUGCCACAGGUGCACUAGCAGGCUUCUACACUCAGGAGGCUGCUGUGGGUCCUGGGCUGACUCUCCCUGACAGAUGGUUCUGGUUUUCUCCUGAACACGGGAGGAGAACAGGGCGGAGAGAAGUCUGCCAAAGUAGCCCUGGUAGGAGCAGAUUCUGAGGAUACAGUCUGCUCUGGGGACCAAGUCACAGCCUGUGAACAGAGGGAAAAUAAAUUAAUGUUCACAUUU